ACUCAAAAUUCUUAGAAGAGAAAAGGUUUUCCCAAAUUCAUACAAAUUAGGGUUUUCUGAAAAUCAACAGCAUAUUUGAGACUGCAACAUACGAAGCAAAAAUGUCGAAGAAGAACGACCUCGCUAAGAGAAAGAGACAGCACGAAUUCGAACUCCGAAGAGAAAAACUUGAGAAGGAGAAGAAAGAAAAGAAGCUCCAAGCGAAGAAAAACAAGAUGAAAGUUGAUGGUAGUGACAAGAAAAAGAAGGGUGGUGGAAGUGGAUUUAAGGUGGGAAAGAAAUACUUGAAGACCAGGUUGUCAGCUCUGUCGAAAGCUAAAGCUGCGCAGGCAAUGGAGCUCGACAAAUAAGGCGGCAUUGUGAGGUCCUGUGUGCUUUUGUGCUGAUGCCGAUGAAGUGAAAUUAAUAGAUGACAUAGUUGUUUUGAGGUUCUGUUUUUGUAUUCUUUUUUGUGUUAAGUUAUUUGACUAUGAGGGUUUGAGAUGUUGUAUAUUGGUAACUAAUCUUAUUGUAGUUGCUGUCUUUCUCUUGCAAUUCUGUCUCAAAUCAACUAUGUACUUUUCAUCUUUAUUUCUUGUAAUUGAUUGAUGAAAUUUUACACACUAGAAAACAGAACAUCCACAGAAUGAAAUUCACCACUGGAAAGGGAUACCAUUUUAAGGAUAA